UGGGCCGCUGAGGGGAGAGGCGGCGGCGCCGGGCCGGGCGAGGGGCGGCAGGCUGCGGGCGGCGCUCGGGGCGGCCGAUGCCGGUGCGGGGGGGCGAUGCUGCCGAGGCGCAGCUCGCUGACGGGGCUGGCGGUGGGGCUGUUCGCCGUCUACGUGGCGCACACCUGCUGGGUGAUGUACGGCAUCGUCCACACGCGGCCCUGCCUGCCCGCCGCCCGUGACGGAGAGGGCAGCGACGGCUGCAUCCGGCCCUACCUGGCGCGGCGGCCCAAGCUGCAGCUAAGCGUUUACACAACCACGCGAUCCAACAUAGGUACCGAGAAUAAUAUUGAUCUGGUUUUGAAUGUGGAGAAUUUUGACGUUGAGUCCAAAUUUGAACGAACCGUGAAUGUGUCUGUACCAAAGAAAACACGGAAUAAUGGGACCUUAUAUGCCUACAUCUUUCUUCACCAUGCUGGGAUCCUGCCUUGGCAUGAUGGCAAACAGGUGCAUAUAGUGAGCCCGCUGACUACCUACAUGGUCCCUAAACCAGAAGAAAUUAACCUGCUCACCGGAGAAUCUGUCACCCAGCAAAUUGAAGCAGAAAAAAAGCAAACUUAUGCACUGGAUGAGCCCGUCUCACACUGGAGGUCCAGAUUAACCUUAAAUGUCAUGGUGGAAGACUUUGUGUUUGAUGGCUCUUCUCUGCCAGCUGAUGUGCACCGAUACAUGAAAAUGGUUCAGCUGGGCAAGACAGUACAUUAUCUUCCGAUUCUAUUUAUCGAUCAGCUGAGCAACAGAGUGAAAGAUCUGAUGAUCAUAAACCGUUCAACAACAGAGCUGCCGCUUACAGUGUCAUAUGAUAAAAUAUCCCUGGGAAAGCUCCGGUUCUGGAUCCAUAUGCAAGAUGCUGUGUAUUCUCUGCAACAGUUUGGCUUUUCGGAAAAGGAUGCCGACGAAGUAAAGGGGAUUUUUGUGGACACAAAUCUCUACCUUCUUGCUCUGACGUUCUUUGUGGCGGCGUUCCAUCUUCUCUUUGAUUUCCUUGCAUUCAAAAACGACAUCAGCUUCUGGACAAAAAAGAAAAGUAUGAUUGGCAUGUCUACAAAAGCAGUGCUUUGGCGGUGUUUCAGCACCGUGGUCAUUUUUCUUUUCCUCUUGGACGAGCAAACAAGCUUGUUGGUACUGAUUCCAGCAGGGAUUGGGGCGGUGAUUGAGCUUUGGAAAGUGAAGAAAGCAUUGAAAAUGACCAUUGAAUGGAGAGGCCUGAGGCCCGCAGUUAAGUUUGGAGACUUUACCGAAUCUGAAAAGAAAAUGGAGGAGUAUGACAACCAGGCCAUGAAGUACUUGUCAUAUUUGCUAUACCCAUUGUGUAUUGGAGGUGCAGUUUAUUCUUUGCUGAAUAUCAAAUAUAAAAGCUGGUACUCAUGGUUGAUUAACAGCUUUGUUAAUGGAGUAUAUGCUUUUGGAUUUCUAUUUAUGUUGCCGCAACUGUUUGUAAAUUAUAAGAUGAAAUCUGUUGCACAUUUGCCAUGGAAGGUAUUCACAUAUAAAGCAUUCAACACUUUCAUCGAUGAUAUUUUUGCCUUUAUCAUCACGAUGCCAACAUCUCAUCGGCUGGCGUGUUUUAGGGAUGAUGUGGUGCUGUUGGUGUACCUUUACCAAAGAUGGCUUUAUCCUGUGGAUAAGAGCAGAGUGAAUGAAUAUGGAGAAUCUUAUGAAGAGAAGCCGAAAAGAAAGCCCCACAAAGAAUAACGUGAGAAAAACUCUUGGACUGGGAAAUGGCUGCACAUGUUUGACUUUUAAGAAGAGACUGCUUAAGUACAAGAGUAUUCUUCAAAGCUUGUAACAGAACUUCAUGGACAAUAUCUCAUCUGCAUUGCCAAAAUAAGUCUUGAUUGUCUAUGGAUCUAGCCAUCUUUUUAUUGUUGUUUGUAUGUGUGUUCAAGAAGCCUGCCGAUAUUUCUGCCAGGUUUCAGUCAACUGUUUUAAAUUUCUGUGGGAAGUUCCGACAUACAUAUUGGUGGCGUCCUCCUUAUCGGGUUGGAUCCCAUGGAUCUGUUCCGUUAAUGGUGGUGCUGUCCUCCGGCGUAAAGCACUCCCCCCUGUCUUGCUCUGGAGAAAGGUGCCACUGUUAGUGGGCAGUUUGUGGCGCUCCAAACAGGCCACCCAUGUGCACGUUGACUCACUGCAGGGAAGGGGGGCGGGUGUGAGCAUGGUGGCCCCGCCGUGUCGCUGAGUUGUCUGCACAGUGGAAGCGCAUGGAGAAAGCACCUGCUCACACGCUCCCCCCCCCCCCCUGUGAUCCCAACAUUUGGAAAACAGCAUCUCUGAUCACGGGGAGGGGGCAUAUGCAGAGCGUUUCAUUCACACAUUCAUGCCACACAGAUGCCUCGCAGUCGCACACUCCUACCCAUGCCUAUUCCCUGUACAGCGAGUCAGCAUGCAGACGGGUCAUCUGCACAAGGCUAUUGUCUUGAACCUUCCAGCAACUGUCGGUGUGAUGUGUUUAUUUUAGGGCCACAUUUCUGGCCGUGAGAGAUGCAAGUAUAUUGUGAAAAAUGAUGAAAAGGCAACAAAGCAGACCCUUAAACCUUUCUAUAGGGGGAAAAAAACCCUUUUGUACUCUUCAUCGGACCAAUUCCUGGGGCGUGAUCCAUCUAAAGUUAAACCAUGUGGAGCCCUGUUUAUUUCCCUGGGAGAGAGAGACGUGCACGCUUACACCUUCCUCUCUCUUUGAAAUCAGGGGGGGCUAAAAAAGUUUACCUUUGGCUAGAUUGUGCCCCUUGUGUGUAUCACCUCCUCCACUAAGAUCAUCAUCAUUCCUGGUCUUAAGUGAAAAUAUCUGUGCUUUACAUAGUGGUACUAGUUAGAACAAGCGAACCAGGCAAUCGUUGCUGAAAUGCAGUCAGCCUAUCGUGAUAAGCACCUUAAACCAUUCUAGGCUGCCACAGGACACAAACAGCUCGUAACUUUUUUUUUAAUCUUGUUUUUAAAACAGCUGAGGCUUAUUAGUAUAAAUCCAACUGAGCACGUGCAGCAAAUAGUAUUCAGUCGUUAACUUUUUUUGUACUCAUGAAAAAUGGUUUCCUUCAUCCCUAGAGCUGGAACUUCUGAUUCCUCCAAACUGGACCAUGUUUCUGUGUCAGUGCCGUCAAGUUGUAGUCAGCCUUUUAAAAAGUAUAUUAACACAUACUUGCAUGACACACUAAUCGUGCCAAUUAUACUUCGGCAGGGAAAAAUGUAGACUUUUCUUUUUUUAUUCACAUCAAACGGAAUGAUGGAGGAAGUUGGAUGCAACAGAUGGGAAUCUGAGGGUGUCACAGUAAAAACUAUAGCGGGACGUGUGUUCAGAAUCUGCACGUAAGGGAAAUUUUAACUCCCAGUUGCCAUAGUUUUUGUUUUUUUGUGGGGACUACAAGGGUAGAACUUUACAUUCCUAUCCUUUUAUAAACUUGAUUGCUGUAACACAGUGCUGUUUGUGAAAAUAUAAUUUAUUUUAAGCAUGUUCAAAGUGCCAGUGAAACGAACUUGUAAAGAAGAUCUUCGCUGCUACACUGGUAUGGAACACACGGGCUGCAGCCUUGCGAGCUUUGUUUUGGGGCAAGUGACCCUUGUAUCCCAUGCUCUUUUUACUCCUGCAUUUAAAAAAAGAAUAGGAUCCAGUUCCCCUGAGAGCAGAGCAAUGAAAACAUGGAACUCUUAUGCAUGCAGGUGGAGGAGCUCCGUGUGUCUGUUGCACUGCUCUGCCCCCCUGUCUGUGAGGGGUCACUAGAAAGGGACACGGGGCUGCCAUUACAUGCCCAGUAAUGCAUGUACUUGAAAGAGACUUGAGCAUGUUGAAUUCUCCCCCCCCCACCCCGCUUUUUUGCUAAAAGGAAUUGCAUUCAAGAUCAGUAAAUACGCCUACAUAGUUCUUUGUCAUGGUAUCGGGGUGGAGGGGAUCCACUGGUAUUUCAGUCUUACGGUUUUUCAUUUGGUUGUCUUGGGCAGUUGGCAGUGGAUUACAGGUAAUAUCCAGCAAUUUUUCCAAUUACAACAUCCCCCCCCCCCCAAAAAAACCCUUUACUGCUCUCACUAGCUGGGCUUUUAGUUGGUUUGUUUCUCUGAAGCAGGACUUUAAUCAUUAAUGUGGAAAAACUGCUUGGCACCUUCCAUCUGAAGUCAAAUAUUUUAAAGUUUCAUUGACUGUCUCCACCCCAGUGGAAAAGUUUGCACAUGAUGGAAGUCUUUCCCAUUUGGAAUCAACUGGACUUAAAAAUGCCUCAGUGUGGCUGAAUUGUGCUUAUUUGCAGCUUCCAAUUUCUGCUCUGUCUCAUGAUGAUAGCUUCUGAAAUAAUUUUCAAAACUUGAAUGUUAAAUGUGGGGAACAUCGCUUUGUCUUUCAGCAUUCCUUCUUGCUUGCUAUGGUUGCUUUUGGCAAGUCUCUAUGGUUUGGAUCCUGUGGAUCUCUUCCAGUAGCAGAGGCACUUUCCUUUAGCAGAUGGAGCUUCAAGCUGGAGCAGUGUAUCUCCACUAGCAAAGAAUAUCUGCAGGUUCCAACCCUGUAUCUCCAAGUACUAUCAAGUGUGUUAAUAAUAUUUUGUUAACUUUUCUGUAAUCUUGUGACUGUGGUCAUUUAACCAACAGAAAUGAGUUGUACUGCAUUGUUGAAAAUAAAGUUAAAAUACGGGCAUGAUCCAGCCAACAUUAAAGUACUUUUCAGCCCCAUUGAUGUCAACGGGAGAGUCUUAAGUCCUUAAAUCCUCUCAUGAAAAUCAGUAGACUUUAAAGAGAAGCGCUUAUUCUGAGCUGAGUUGUGCCUUAAGAUUUUAGAGUUCCAGACAAAAAGGAUCAGUUUUUGAAAACUUCAAAGUUGACUCAAAUCAGACCACCUCUUUAUCAAACUCUAAUGCAAGUUUCCUAUUUUUUCUAAACUAGAAACAACUCAUGUCUCGGCAGAGAUAUUGUUCGGGUUUUUUUUGUUUGGUGUCCUAAACAGUAGACUCAGUGCUUACUUGAGUAAAUUGUGAUGCAAAUAUAGUUUGCUUAAAAUGGGCAUUUUUGUUUUAAUUUUAAACUUGAAUAAAGAGCGUAACCAGUACCAUCUAGGCGACCUCUUAAAGCGGAGAUAUCUGGGUUUGCCUCUCAUCCA